AUGACCCGCCACACAGAUGUCUUCCCAGAGGAGUUGAUCCAAGAAGCCUACAACGCACGCGGUCUCUGCGCACCAGUUGGGAAAAUGCAUUCCUAUGCCAUUUUCCAUCAUGAACUAGAUGGUGAUCCACCACAAAUCAUCUCCAGAUCGGUAGACGUGGGUUAUAGCCCAGUCAGCGUGGCCAACAUCAGAGCGAUGGAUAUUUUCCUUCGCGACUACCCGACUUACACGCUAAGAGACCUUUACAAGAAAGCCCCCGGUGAUCCUUAUGAAGAUAAACUGGUCGCGUGGCAUCUGACUGAAGACGGCGAAUUGCACCUGGAGAUUUCCGACCAUAAUGGAUACCUUUGGCACGAGUUAUGGGUGGACUUAUGGUCCACGAUUGUCAGGCCCAGUCCUUCCAGGUGA